GCAGACAGCGUUCUAAAAAUCGUUGGCUUUCAGGAAGCUUGUGCAGUUGGUGCCCGUGCUGCACUUACUGAAGGGGAUGCGGUCAUAACUGCCUAUCGUUGCCAUGGUUGGACGUACCUGCAGGGCGCCACAGUGGCAGAAGUCCUGUCCGAACUUACUGGCAAAAUCAAUGGUAACGUUCACGGUAAAGGAGGUUCAAUGCACAUGUAUCAGAAGGAUUUCUUCGGUGGAAACGGCAUCGUAGGAGCUCAGCAGCCUAUUGGAACAGGAAUCGCGUUCGCUAUAAAGUACAGGAAGCAAAAGAACGUCUGUCUAACCCUAUAUGGUGAUGGAGCUGCUAAUCAAGGCCAGUUCUACGAAUCGACCAACAUGGCAAUGUUGUGGAGCCUUCCUGUCUUGUAUGUGUGCGAAAACAAUGGAUUUGGCAUGGGAACGCAGGCUGAGCGGGCUUCUGCGUCAACAGAUUACUACAUGAGGUGA